AUGAACAAUAAGAGUAAAAAACGUCAUAAUGCUAAUUCAGAGCAAUCGGAGAGUAGAGAUUCGAAACAUCCUCGUAUCAAAGUUAGCUUGGAUGAUUCAGUUAUGGACGUAGAUUCUAGUUCUCUUCCAUCCCUAUCUCCGUUUCCAUCCCCCUUACCUUCUUCUUGUCCGUCACCAGUUUCCUUUUCAAUGGAUUAUUCACAGGAAACAGUUUUACAAUACGAAAAUGAAGUUUCAAGCGAAUUAAAUAAAAUGCAUUUAAAUAAUAUCAGAGAAAAAGAUAUGGAGGUUUGUGAAGAUCCACCAGAAUUAAAAAGGGAUUUCGCUUCAGUAGCGAGUAAUGCAUUAAAAGGAACUCAUUGUAUAGCUCAAAGUUUCGAAGAAUUUUGUCCAAUAAUCAAAAUAUUCCUUUCGUUGGGAAAUGAAAUUGUAACAUUGUAUGAAAAGGCUGAACAUAAUAAACAAUUAUGUAGUGCCCUUUUACAAAGGUGUAAUUGUGCAAUAGCUGCAGUAAAAGAUUUAAAUAUUAGAAAAACUGAAAACAUGAAGUUUUUUUCCAGGCAAGAAAAUCUAAGUAUAUUUAAAGAUUUUAUUAAAUGUAUAAAAAAAAUUAGAAACUUUAUUAAGGAUAUUAGUCAAUUAAACAAACUUCAAAGAUUUAUUCAUACGAGUGAAAUCAACGAUAGUUUUAAUAAAAUUACGAAGGAAUUUGACGGAUAUAUGUAUAGUUUAAAUUUUUCUUUUACUAUGCAAUCUAGAGAUGAACUUGCAACAAUUCAACAAGAUGUAAGCCAAAUGAAAGAUAUUUUACUCUAUGUUCAUGGUGUCACCGAUAACCAACAAGGUUUUCUCAGUGGGAUGGAUUUAGUGGCCGGGAGAAACAAAGAAUUCAAAAAACAAAACAGAUUUAACCCAAACACGAAUUCUUCUGAACUUAGAACAACUGUAGAAGCGAACGAACCUUUACUUGAAGGCAGUUGUUAUCUAAGAACAAUUCCAAAUAAAUGUCCUUCAAGAAGGAUUGAAAAACGUACAUGCAUCAAAGAUUGUACUGACGUUUCAUUUAAAGAAUUUUCAAAUAAUACUUCUUCGGAUGAUGUGCAAACUCAGAUUGAAAUCAGAAGACAGGUUAACAUUCUUAAAGAAUUAAAAAAUUCUGAUCAUAUUAUAAGAUUUUUUGGUGUGGCUCAAGAAGAAUCCAAAUAUUAUUUGGUUACUGAAUGGAUGGAAUUUGGAAACUUAUACGAAUAUUAUACUGAACAUAGAGAAAAUAUGAAGUGGGAAACAAAAAUAAGAUUUGCUUUAGAUAUUUGUCGUGGUGUCGCGUAUCUUCAUGAAUGUGAGGUUGAUUAUGAUACUAAAUGUGAAAUUUACAGCGUCGGAGCAUUACUGUGGGAAAUUGCGGAAUUAAAAAAGCCACAUUCUGAUCUUGAUAAAUCAGAAAUACUUGGUAGUAUUAGAAAACGUAUACAAGAAAAGUAUUAUGAACCAUUUUCAGAUGAUGUGCCUGGUGAAUGGAAGCACAUUGUAUCUAGAGCUAUGGAGUAUGAACCAGCAUGGCGUUCUACUAUUUCUAGUAUUUGUCGCGAUCUUUAUAAAUUGGCGGGUAUCCCCCGUCAAUUCACUAGUCCCAAUUCUAUUUUUGAAAAUGAAGUUUCGACGCCCAAUUAUUCUUCAGAGAGUUACAAGGAAAAUAUAUCAACAAAUAAUAAUCAAAGCGCAAGGUUUUCAUCACCCAUCACUUUUACGAUUCUCCCUGUUGAAGAUGCGAUUCGCGAACACAAAUCCAGUAAUGGAAAUAAGCUAGUUGCAUGGAAUAGUUUCAAAUUUCACUCAGUAACCAACGUUGAGGCAAGGUAUUGGGUAGGAUAUUAUUAUUUUUAUCAUGGCGAAGAUAUUCCGGAAUUACGUCCAAUUACUAAGGAAGAAAGAACCAAAAACGCCGUUGAUAUAUUUAAAGAAACUGCUGAUAAAGGAAAUACUUCCGCUCAAUUAAGAUAUGGAAUGCAUUUAUGGCAAAAGGAAAACAAUUAUGUAGAAGGUUUCAAAUAUUUAGAGAUGUCAGCUAAUUCAAAAGAUGCAACGGCUAUGUUUAUCGUUGGGAAAGCAUAUUGGAACGGUAUCAACGGUAUUGUACAAGAUAAGGUUCUAGGUGCCCAAUAUUUAAAAUGUGCUGCUUUGGAAGCUCAUCCUAAAGCUCAAGAUUUAUGUAAUGAAUAUAGAAUUUCAUAA